UCGUUGGCGUGCUGUACGGUGUGGCGUUCCCUGCUGGCGUGUGCUACUUCAUUGCCCGCCACGUGGGCGCGAGCUUCACGAAGUACUGGCAGUUUUCGAGGAAGCCGCUGCACGAGCGCCUGCUGUACCCCGUCGGAUAUUGGCACCCCGCGGCGCAGCAGCGGAUGUACGGCGGCAUGCUGACGAACAUGAGGGGCAGCCGCGUGUACUGGUGCGUGUUCCAGCUGUCGGUGCUGUGUGUGGUGUGCUUGAUUGCGGCUGUGCACCCGCCCGUGGGAGGCUGCCACGUCCUGUACUUCUGCAUGGCGGCUGUGCUGGUUGCGGGCGCGGGCGUGGUUGCCUUCACGAACAUGAUGCGCUCGGCCUUCCUGACGGUGAUGCACACGGCGAGCUUUGUGCUCCUUGCGGCGCUGUGCGUGGUCAGCGCGGCCAACCACCUUGCGCCGAGCGACGGCGGAGCGAGGGCGUACGCGGCUACGGUGCUGCUGCUGACGACUGUGCUGCUUGCGAUCACUGUGUACAGUGUUGUUGUGUGGUACGCGGAGGGCCGCCACUGGCAGGAGCUGCGCGAGCCGCGGCGUGGAGGGCUGGAGGCGCUGCUUCGCGAUGGCGAGGGGAACGACGAGGAUACGCAGAAGCCUCACGACAUAACGUUAUUGUCGUACGCCUCAGGCACCACCGUUGCGUCGUCGUACCGACCACCCGCACCGCCGCGGCUCAUGAUUAGUGACACCCGCUCAGACGCCCUGAGUCUGUUCGACCGUGCAUCGGGUGCGAGCUGCAAAAUUGAUUGUGCCACGCCGGAGUUGUAA